AUGAGAGUGCUCAGUGUUGUUCUUGUUCUGGUGUGUGUGUGCUGGGGAGCCAUAGGUGUGCAGGUUAAGGCUGGAGACAGAGUCUUUCCUUUGGAGUCAGUGAAGCAGCUGAAGGAGCUGAUGGAUUUGGAUGACAAAAACGUCAGCCUGAACCUCCCUGAGACGAGCAUUGAAGCCGCUUGCGCCAACCCACUUCUGCCGCGAAUCUUCCGGCCAGUGUGUCGAGGAAGGAGAACAGGGAUUGUUUUCUCUAAGCUGGUGAAAAUCAUCACACCUUUGGAUCCUUGUGAAAUAUGCGCCAACGCUGCCUGUUACGGGUGUUUGUACUGAGGCUGCCAUCUGCCAAAUGCACACACACCCAUCAACCCAGCAACCACGAGGGUCAAGGUUCAGAGGUCAACUGAUGCCUAAAAAUUACUGGGUUAAAAGUUUUGGUACACACUUAUCAUACCUUUAUCAGAAAAAUGUCAAAAUAGACAUACUGCAUUGUUUGAAUAAAAUAUCAGUCUCUCC